AUGCAUCGCUCAGGGCCUACGGGGCAAAUACCUAUACAAGAUUCUCAGAUAGUGUGGAUUAGAGGAAAUGCCAAGAGGUGGAAGCAGUUUGUGGCGAAUCCGAAUGAUUGGUUUUAUUGUCCAUCGGCAGAUAACCCAGCAUAUUUGCUCACUAGAGGAGUUUCUGUUGAAAAUUUUAUAUCCAGUCAAAAAUGGUGGUAUGGGCCCAACUGGUUGUUGCAGAUUGUAAUUAUUGGCCGGAAAAAUCAGUCAAGCAAUCGCAGGAGUAAAGGACUUCUCAGGGUUGGGGGAAGAAAUGGAAACUCCAGCUUACCAGCGAGUGUAAAGCAUCCCUUGAUAUUACCAAAACAGCAUCCAGUAACAACUAUGAUUAUAAGACAGUACCAUUUAAAAUAUCUUCAUGCAAAAGUUCAAUCAGUUCAUUCUGCAAUUAGACAGGUCUAUUGGAUUUUGGGAGCAAGAUCAUUCAUAAGAAAAUUCGUGAGAAACUGUGUCAUCUGUGCACGGUUUCGUGCAGAAUUCUCGAGGCAAAUAAUGGCUGACUUGCCUACUUCCGGUGUCAUACCAGGUAGAGCGUUCUUGAGAGCUGGUGCAGAUUUUUGUGGACCAUUUCUGAUCACUCCUCGUCGUGGAAGAGGUGCGAGACUGGUAAUGAUGUAUGACUGCGUCUUUGUUUGUUUCAUCACGAAAGCGGUUCUCCUGGAACUCGUCAGUGACCUGAGUACUGAUGCGUUUCUUGCAUCUUUCAAGCUCUUCGUUGGACGCAAAGGGAAACCCACCGAGAUAUUCAGUGAUUGUGGGACUAAUUCCGUCGGGGUUAAACAUGUGCUGAAACUAUGGAGUUCGGAGGCGAUUGGUCGGUAUUUGGCCUACGAAGGUGUUGUAUGGAGAGCAAAUGUUCCAUCGUCCCCACAUUUCGGCGGACUCUGGGAGGCGUCUGUGAAAUCGAUGAAGUAUCAUUUGAAACGAAUAAUAGGAUGUCAAAUCCUGACUAAUGAAGAGUUUUCAACCGUUUUAGUGGAGACCAAGGCAAUACUAAACUCCAUACCAUUGGUUGCUGCGUCGGAUGAUCCCGAUGAUUUUUCAGUGAUUACGCCUGGUCAUUUCCUUAUAAGGUCAGAAUUACAGAAAAUCCCGGAGCCUGAUCCGACGGAUCAAAAGAUUUCGAUAGACUAA